UCCCAGUCUUGUCCAAAGAAGAAUACAGUAACAGAGACCUCAUAUAACAAGACACACUGUUGAGUGCUGAGGACUUGAAAGAGCCCCUGACGCUCAGAGGGAUCUGGAAAAGCCAUAAUACGAAGCCCUAGACGCUAAUGUUGCGAUGUUUAGCGGCGUGAACAGCGAUUCCCUCCGGCCGAUAAGCAUGGUGGCGGCAUCAACAGUGCUGAGUCCGGGGACGGAAAUCUCUCCGUUGGCGUCAAAAGAGAAGCUCCCACAGCAGCAACAACAGUGGACUGAACAAGAGACAAAGGACUUGAUUGGGAUUCGGGCGGAGCUGGAGAAAGAUUUCACUGUUGCGAAGAGGAACAAGGCGCUUUGGGAGAUUGUGAGUGCAAAUAUGAGAGAAAGAGGAUACCGUAGGACCCCUGACCAGUGCAAGUGUAAGUGGAAGAACCUUGUCAAUCGUUACAAGGGCAAGGAGACAUCUGAUCCCGAGAAUGGUCUGCAUUGCCCAUUCUUUGAGGAACUGCAUGCAAUAUUUACUGAAAGAGCAAAGAACAUGCAGCGAUUGCUUAUUGAUUCUGAGGCAGGUUCUACACAGGCAAAGAAACGGGUAAAGAAAAUGAGCGUGGAAAGAUCCUUUGAUGAACUCUCAGAAGAUGUAGAUGAGGAUGAAGUUGGCAGUUGGGAGGAGGGGCUAGCUAGAAGCAAUUCCCACAAGAGGAAGCGUGAAAGAUAUCUAGUGGAGAUGCCUUCAAGAGUAACAAGCACUUCGCAUCCUGAUAUUGGUGGUAUUCAGGAAAUGCUCAAGGAGUUCUUCCGGCAGCAACAACGGAUGGAGAUGCAGUGGAGGGAGAUGAUGGAAAGGCGUGCUCAUGAGCAACAGUUGUUUGAGCAGGAAUGGAGAGAGUCCAUGGAGAAAAUUGAAAGAGAAAGAUUAAUGAUUGAGCAGAAUUGGAGGGAGAGGGAAGAACAGAGGCGGAUAAGGGAAGAGAGCAGGGCUGAAAGGAGAGAUGCUCUGCUGACUACUCUGCUGAGCAAACUAAUUCACGAAAAUGAUAUCGAUGGUAUAUAGGUCAGUGGGAUUCUCUCAUCGAUCGCUCCAUUGCUUGGCAAUUUUGUGGUUAUUUGCUUGUUUUAUUUUGGGUAAUCAAUAGAGAGUUUGAUGAUGGCUAUCGCUUGUGAAAAUGACAAUGUUGACAAACCCUUUUUAAUUUGAAUUUUUGUUGUAAAAAAAAGGGGAAAAUCUAGAAAGAGAAUAUGAACAGGAAAAACUUGUUCAAUUUCUAUUAGUUUUUGCAUACAAGGUGGAACUUUUUCUUUGGUCGAAGUUGACAUCUACAGGCCUGGUUCAGAGAAAUUCAUGUGUUGCUGUUAAGCUGGAGAAACUGUAUGUUCUUAUGUUUACAGCUCUUGGGACUUGUACAUAAUUUUUCUCUUGGAAGAAAAUCAAACUGAAAUUUAUAUGUUAAAUGUUUACAUUUUUUUUUUUUCAAUUGAAUCAAGUAGCUGUUUUGUUAGAUGUAA